UGUUGUUGUAGCUGGAAUUGAUGGUACAUUCAAAACAGUUCCUAAAAGUCCACCAGAACUUAAAAAGGGUGCUUUUGUCACAUUCCAGAUAGUAUUUUGAAAUGCCACUAAUGAAUGCAGUUCAAACUGUAAUGCCUGAAACUAAAUUGAUGGGUUGUUGGUUUCACUUUUGCCAGGCAGUCAUAAGAUACAGUAAACGAAAAUUGAACAGUGUGUACCAUCUUUUUCAAAGUAGCCCAAUUGCAGCCAGAGUUUUAAGAAUGGUAUUAGCUCUACCACAUUUACCUGCAGACAGAGGUCAUCCGGAUUGUCCUCAACAUGACAUUAAUGAUGGUUUCAGGGCCAUCAUUAAUUAUGUUCAACAGGUCCCUGACAUUGAGCAACAUUUGAGAACUUUUCUCAUUGGAUAUGUUGAGAGAUACUGGUUGUCUCAAAUUGUACCAAAGAUUUUGAGCAUUUUUGUAUGUGAAUACAGGACCAAUAAUUAUUUGGAAUCGUUUCACUCUGUUUUAUUGACACAAAUGUCAAAACACCCCAAUAUAUGAGAUUUCAUCCGUGAGG